AUGACGAUGCGCGGCAUCAUUGUUUACUACUUCGCGGUUGCCUGGAUCUUCGCUGAUUCUGAUGCUCCACCUAUUCAUCCUGGUCGCUCUGGCUGCUCUGGGCUUCUACUUCUACCAAAAAGAAAACGAAGGCUCGCCCCCCUUUCGCCCAAGACUGCCAUCCCUCGUUCAUGUCUGACGACUAAGACAGCCACGACUGCCAUCGCCAAGACCACUGGGCCGGAUGAUGAGGCCCAAACCGCUCGUCGCCCGGAUGCAACUUCGGGCGAGCCGACGAUGACCCCUCGCACGACGGUGCCGGAAACGGCCGUGGUGGCUACACCCACAGACGUCAAUUACUUGGUGGCCAGCCCGACUGGCGAUGGGGAGAUGAAGGCUAUUCGCGAGACGAAGCGGCGCUCGCCUCCGAAAGAGGCUCCUAAGGACACUCCCCCUGCAGACACACCUCAAGUCAACAGCACCGUGACUGCUACCGUCCCGAAGACCGAGGGCGAUCCGGCCACUGCCAGUGCGGCUUCGGCUGCACCCACCCCUGCUCCUGCAGACACCCCUGCGCCGCAAUCCGCACCGCCGCCUUCUGAACCCGCUGCAUCGAUUGCCCCCGCUACCACCCCGUCCGAGGCCGUGACGCCCACCGUCAACAAGGAGGGCGGCGAGCCAACUACGACGACUUCUUCGGUGAUGACCAACAGCGCGCCGCCCGAGCCUGCGAAGCCUGAAGCUGGAUCUGCGCCUCCGGGAACUACGCCCAACGUCCCGCCGACUCCGGAGCCAAAGGUUGAAGCGCCGCCACCACCUCCUGCUGCUCCCGCUCCUCCCGUUGCACCAACUGAAUCGCCGAAAGACCCCGCACCGCCCUCCAUCAAGCCCGAGCCGCCGAAGCCAGAACCGCCCAAGGCCGCCGCUGCUCCCAAGCCGGAGCCUCCGAAGCCGGCUGCCCCCGCCGCUGCUGCCAAAAAGAAGGAUGGAUCUUCGAAGAAGGUCAAAAAGGCCGCUGGCAAGAAGGACGGUUCCUCGAAGAAGACCAAGAAGCCCGCCGCGACGUCGAAGGCCAAGGAAGCCAGUCUCAAGGCUAAGAAGGAGAAGAGCGCAAAGAUCAAGAAGGAGAAGGCGAAGGAAAAGAGUGCCAAGAACAAGAAGAGCGUCGUCUCCAAGGCCAAGAAA